GAAGAACGGCUCCUGGUGCUGGACUGGGUUCCGGCGGACGGAGGCGGUUUUGACCGUUGGACCUUGCGAGUGGUGUAGGGCUCAGGCGACGUCCAGGCUCCAGAGGCGAGAGAGGGUUAGCUCAGCGCCGGACUCCGUGGGCACCUCUGCGGCUGGGUCCUCCUCCUCGGUGAGGUUUUUAUUUAGCAGUUAGAAAUGGAGUCGGCAUAUCUUCAAAAGAAUCUUGGGACCUGUCUAACUCAAGGUCUUGCAGAGGUGGCAAGGAUGCGUCCAGUGGAUCCAAUAGAAUACUUAGCAUUGUGGAUUUACAAGUAUAAGAACAAUGUGACCGUGGAGCAACGAAGACAAGAGGAAAUGGCCCAGUUGGAGCAUGAAAGAGAAUUAGCUGUGAUGGAGCAGGAAAUGAUGGAGAGACUUAAAGCAGAGGAGCUCCUGUUUCAGCAGCAACAGCUGGCAUUCCAGCUGGAGUUGGAAAUGCAAGAAAAAGAGAGACAGAGAAUAGAAGAACUGCAGAGAGCUCAAGAACAAUUUGAGAAGUGGUUAAGAAUCCGCCUGCCAAUGCAGGGGAUGUGGGUUCGAUCCCUGGUCCAGGAAGAUCCCACAUGCGGUGGAGCAACUAAGCCCAUGCGCCCCAACUACUGAGCCUACGCUCUAGAGCCCAUGAGCCACACUGCUGAGCCCACACGCCGCAGCUGCUGAAGCCCACGCGCCUAGAGCCUGUGCUCCACAAGAGAAGCCACCACAAUGAGAAGCCCGCGCACCGCAACGAGGAGUAACCCCUGCUUGCCGCAACUAAGGAAAGCCCGUGUGCAGCAACGAAGACCCAACGCAGCCAAAAAUAUAUAUAUGUAUGUAUGUUUUUAUUU